GAACUCGAUUCGUAUAAAGCACAAAUUUUUGCGCCAAAAAGAAGUCUUGUAUUUAAGAAUCGAUAAUGACGAAAACGAGUAUAACAUUGCCCGAACGCGAUGUCAUCUACAAAAAUGACCCAUUUCUUAUUAAAAAGUAUGACUGCAAUCUCCAGUAUUUUCCGUAUUACCGAGCCCGUCUUAAUCAAAUGAAACGAUCACUGAUUUUGUCUGCAAAAUAUCGUUGGCCUGGUGUUGCCAUUUAUACGCUUAGUGAUUUGGCUGAUUCAAAAGCCGAAGCUGACAAAUUUUCUCAAGACAGUAAUGAUGAGUUACUUGAACAGGAUUGCCGUCAUGGUACAUUAUUCGGCAAAGAUGUCGUCGUAUGCGGUAUGCUAUUAAAACGAAUGUCCAAACAACCAAACAUUCUCAAAGAAUUGGAUGACGAACGAAAACUUAUUGAACCAUUGGAAGAAAGCUGUAAAAAUUAUUGCUCGCCAAAUGAUACAUUGUUUUUACAAGAUGGUGAUGAAUCGAUUGAAUUAAAGGGAGAUGAUCUGCCCAUCAAUCAGUUAUGUACUGGUGUAUGUUUGGUUGCAAAAGGUCAGCUUAAUCCCAAUGGUUCUGGUUUCAUUGUGGAAGAUUAUUGUUUUGCCUUGAUCCAAAAUUCUGUGGAUCGUCCGUUGACAAAUAAAGAUUACUAUAUGCUGAUCAUUUCUGGUUUGAACUUGAACAGUAAUACUUUUUUGAACGACCAGAAACUUUCACAAUCAUUGAAUCUACUUUUCGAUUUGGUUACUGGCCAUUCUGACUCAAUCAUGGAUAAAACGAUUGUCAAUCUCAUAUUAGCGGGCAACAGUAUUGAUCUCAAUGGUGGUUCUAAAUCCGAGGAUUUGUUAUCUCAAAGUGAGAUCGAUUCUAACGAUGCGGUUAAAAUGUUGGAUAGAUUUUUAGCGAAUGUUGGCAAAUAUAUGUUUGUAGAUAUUAUGCCCGGCAGUCUGGAUAUAAGUACUGGUCUUUACCCACAACAACCCAUACAUCCAUGUCUUUUUCCCAAAGCUUUUCGAUUGUCAACCAUACGUUCGGUGACUAAUCCUCAUAGAGCCCAAUAUUUCGGUGUCGAUUUUCUUGGAACUUCUGGUGAAAAUAUCAAUUCAAUUUGUUCAUGUACAAGUUGGAAUGAAUCGAUAGAAAUUAUGCGAAACUUGCUUCAAUGGGGUCAUUUAGCACCCGCGUGUCCUGAUCUAUUGCAUUCAUAUCCAUUUUCUCAACACGAUCCAUUGGUCAUCGAUCAAUAUCCAGAUGUCUUGUUUGCUGGCAAUCAACCAGAAUUCAGCUGUGCAACAUUUGAUGUGCCCAAGUAUGAACAAGCUGCUGAUUGUGAAGCUAAAACUAAAACUAUCCGAUUGAUUUCGGUGCCUUCAUUUAGAGAAAAACAUAUCGGCGUUAUUGUUAACAUACGAACAUUGGAAUGCGAAAUGUUAGCUUUUAAUUGAAUAUCAGAGUAAAUAAAAAAAAAAUUCAUUA